AUUAUGUCAAAAUAAUAAGUCCAAAUUAGUAGGCUAUACAAUUAUCUACGGAGUAUUAAUGUAAAUAUAUAAUCUUAUCUAUCUUAUAUGAUUGGUAAAAGUAGUCCAAACUAGUAGGCUAUACAAUUAUUAUGUAAAUAUAUAUAGUCUUAUCAAUCUAUAGAUUUGUUCAACGAAAAGGGGGAGAGAAAAAGAGAGAGAAUGGGAACAUAUUUCCAAAAACCAGUAGUUUCAGAAAAGAACAACGUUGUUAACCAAAACCAAGAAUCUUCACAAGAGAGUAAAGAGGAGCUUGAUGCCGGUGCUCUUUUCGUUCUUCAAUCUAAAGGUUCAUGGGUGCAUUGUGGAUAUCACUUAACAACAUCAAUAGUAGCACCAGCACUGCUGAGUUUACCAUACGCGUUUAAGUUUUUAGGAUGGGCAGGAGGAAUGAUAUGCCUAAUUGGAGGAGCAUUGGUCACUUUUUACUCUUAUAAUUUGCUGUCUUUGGUACUUGAACACCAUGCCCAAUUGGGUCGCCGCCAUCUUCGUUUUCGAGAUAUGGCACAUGAUAUUUUAGGACCAAGAUGGGGAAGGUAUGCAGUGGGCCCAGUUCAAUUUGCAGUUUGCUAUGGUGCAGUUGUUGGAGCUUGUCUUUUGGGUGGCCAGUGCAUUAAGGCAAUCUACUUGUUGUUCAACCCGAAUGGAUCGAUAAAGCUGUAUGAAUUCAUUAUCAUAUUCGGAGCGCUAAUGUUGAUCUUAGCUCAGAUGCCUUCGUUUCACUCUCUCCGCCAUAUUAGCUUGAUUUCUCUGCUUCUAUCCCUUGCUUAUAGCGCCGGUGCCACCGCUGCCUCCAUCUAUAUAGGGCAUACGUCAAAGGGUCCAGAGAAAGAAUAUUCACUAUCCAGCGACUCACAGGAUCGAGUAUUUGGUUGGUUCAAUGGAAUAGCGAUCAUUGCAACAACUUUCGGGAAUGGAAUUAUCCCUGAAAUUCAGGCAACAGUCGCACCACCGGUGAAAGGAAAGAUGUUCAAGGGAUUAGUUGUGUGUUACAGUGUAAUUUGUGUGACAUACUUCAGCGUCGCGGUAUCAGGUUAUUGGGCAUUUGGAAACCAAGCUGAAGGCCAAAUACUAAGCAAUUUUGUCGUGAAUGGAAAUCCCUUGCUACCUAAGUGGUUCAUUUUUUUGACCAAUGCCUUUGUUAUACUCCAAUUUGCCGCUGUUGGAGUGAUAUACUUGCAACCUACCAAUGAAGUGCUAGAAGGAGUAUUCUCAGAUCCAAAGAGCGAGCAAUUCUCAAUCCGAAAUGUGAUCCCAAGGGUGAUAUCACGGUCUAUCUCAGUUGCCAUAGCAACAACAAUAGCAGCAAUGCUUCCGUUUUUCGGAGACAUAAAUGGAGUAAUUGGUGCAUUUGGUUUCCUUCCACUUGAUUUUGUUCUACCUGUCAUAUUAUUCAAUCUUACGUUCAAGCCUUCGAAACGUAGCUUUAUCUUUUGGUUGAAUCUUAGCAUUGCAGUUAUUUUCUCCAUAUUAGGAGUGAUUGCAUCUGUGGCUGCCGUUAGGCAAAUCGUUACUGAUGCCAAAUCUUAUACAUUAUUUGCUAAUGUAUGAAAAAUUUCACCGAA